AGUUGUACGUUCGAAACCUGUCGCCGUCACUUGCGAGUUUGGCAUAUUCCAUUGUCAUCGCGGAGGAACGAGCCCUCGGAGAUAACAUCAGCGGCCUCAAUCUUCGCGCCCAGGCGCUGCGAGGCUUCUGCCGAGGGCGCGCUCUCGCCCUCUGUUCCGGGGGUGAAGCAGAGGCAAGGCGGCAGCUCCGCACUCGCCGCCGUGUCCACUGAACCUGGGACCGGGGUGGCAGUUCUCAACGAUGGGCAGCAGGGACCUCGGCGGCGAUCCCUAAAACAAUACCAUGCCCCGGAAGCCCCGCUACUGCCUUGCCAGCUUCUUCCCUUUCCACCUCCCCGACCCGGUGGGAUUCGGAUGAGUCGACUGCGAGGAGACGCGGCCGCCAGAUUGCAGAUUGAGCUUAACCAAGAAGUUUAUAGGCUGAUCAAAACUGACCUGACCUGCAAGAGAAGAAGGGAGUUCUGCCUGUGCACUCAAGCUCCUGUUGACCACUGAUAACUUGGCAUCACUUGUUGCCUGUGUGGAAAAUUCUCUCUACUGAAAUUUUUUGCACAUGGAAGGCAACAGCAAAGAGGGCAACACAGGCUGAUAAGACCAGAGACAGCAGGAGGAUUACCAUACGCCUUCAGGACUUUUCUUCUAGCUGGAGCUCUGGACUUAAACAGAACCUAGUCCAUUCAUUUUGAUUUUUCUGUUUAUUUUUUUAUUUUUAUUUUUUCCUCACCACAUUGUAUUUUAUUUCUUUACUUCAGAAAUGGGCCUACAGACCACAAAGUGGCCCAGCCCUGGGGCUUUUUUCCUGAAAUCUUGGCUUCUCAUUUCCCUGGGACUCUACUCACAGGUGUCAAAAACCCUGGCGUGCCCUAGCGUGUGCCGCUGUGACAGGAACUUUGUGUACUGUAAUGAGCGAAGCUUGACCUCAGUGCCUCUUGGGAUCCCGGAGGGCGUAACCGUACUCUACCUCCACAACAACCAAAUUAAUAAUGCUGGAUUUCCUGCAGAACUGCACAACGUACAGUCUGUGCACACCGUCUACCUUUACGGCAACCAACUGGAUGAAUUCCCCAUGAACCUUCCCAAGAAUGUCAGAGUACUCCAUCUGCAGGAAAACAACAUUCAGACCAUUUCACGGGCUGCUCUUGCCCAGCUCUUGAAGCUAGAAGAGCUACACCUGGAUGACAACUCUAUAUCCACAGUGGGGGUGGAAGAUGGCGCCUUCCGGGAGGCUGUUAGUCUGAAGUUGUUGUUUCUGUCCAAGAAUCAUUUGAGCAGUGUGCCUGUUGGCCUUCCUGUGGACUUGCAAGAGCUGAGAGUGGAUGAAAAUCGAAUUGCUGUCAUAUCAGACAUGGCCUUUCAGAACCUCACAAGUUUGGAGCGUCUGAUUGUAGACGGGAAUCUCCUGACCAACAAAGGCAUUGCCGAGGGCACCUUCAGCCAUCUCACCAAGCUCAAGGAGUUUUCAAUCGUACGGAAUUCACUCUCUCGCCCUCCUCCUGAUCUCCCAGGUACGCACCUGAUCAGGCUGUAUUUGCAGGACAACCAGAUAAACCACAUCCCACUGACAGCCUUCUCAAAUCUCCGCAAGCUGGAAUGGCUGGAUAUAUCCAACAACCAACUGCGAAUGUUGACUCAAGGGGUUUUUGAUAACCUCUCUAACCUGAAGCAGCUCACUGCUCGGAAUAACCCUUGGUUUUGUGACUGCAGUAUUAAGUGGGUCACGGAAUGGCUCAAAUACAUCCCUUCAUCUCUCAAUGUUCGGGGUUUUAUGUGCCAAGGUCCUGAGCAAGUCCGGGGGAUGGCUGUCAGGGAGUUGAAUAUGAAUCUUUUGUCAUGUCCCACCACUACCCCUGGACUGCCUCUCUUCACCCCAGCCCCAAGUACAGUGUCUCCAACCACUCAGCUUCCCACACUCUCUGUUGCAACACCUAGCAAAACCGAUACACCUCUGACUCCUACCACAUCAAAACUUCCCACAAUACCUGACUGGGAUGGCAGAGAGAGAGUGACCCCACCAAUUUCUGAACGGAUCCAGCUCUCCAUCCAUUUUGUGAAUGAUACUUCCAUUCAAGUCAGCUGGCUCUCUCUCUUUACUGUGAUGGCAUACAAACUCACUUGGGUGAAAAUGGGCCACAGUUUAGUAGGAGGCAUUGUUCAGGAACGCAUAGUCAGUGGUGAGAAGCAACAUCUGAGUCUGGUUAAUUUAGAGCCCAAAUCCACCUAUCGGAUUUGCUUAGUGCCACUGGAUGCUUUUAACUACCGAGCUGCAGAAGAUACCAUUUGUUCUGAGGCCACCACCCACGCCUCCUAUUUGAACAAUGGCAGCAACACUGCUUCCAGCCAUGAGCAAGCAACUUCCCACAGCAUGGGCUCCCCUUUUCUGCUGGCGGGCUUGAUUGGGGGCGCCGUCAUAUUUGUGCUUGUGGUCUUGCUCAGCAUCUUUUGCUGGCACAUGCACAAAAAGGGGCGCUACACCUCCCAGAAGUGGAAAUACAACCGGGGCCGGCGGAAAGAUGACUAUUGCGAGGCAGGCACCAAGAAAGACAACUCCAUCCUAGAGAUGACAGAAACCAGUUUUCAGAUCGUCUCCUUAAAUAACGAUCAGCUCCUUAAAGGAGAUUUCAGACUGCAGCCCAUUUACACCCCAAACGGGGGCAUUAAUUACACAGACUGCCAUAUCCCCAACAACAUGCGAUACUGCAACAGCAGUGUGCCAGAUCUGGAACACUGCCACACGUGACAGGCAGAGGUUCAGCGUUCCCAAGGCGGACAGAAAAACUCUUGAGAACACACACGUGUGUGCACAGAAAGACACGCAAAUUACAUUUGAUAAAUGUUACACAGAUGCAUUUGUGCAUUUGAAUACUCUGUAAUUUAUAUGGUGUACUAUAUAAUGGGAUUUAAAAAAAGUGCUAUCUUUUCUAUUUCAAGUUAAUUACAGUUUUGUAACUCUUUGCUUUUUAAAUCUUAAAAAAAAAAAAAAUACUUGCUGAAGUACUGUACAGGGUUGUACAAUGAGAACCCAACGCCAAGGCAAAAGAACGAGUGAUUCUUCCUUACGAUGCACAUUAACUACUUUGCUGUCGAAGCUGUCAGAAUAAAUUCCUUUCCUAGAGCCAGUGGACAGAUGAAAGGGCCAAUUAAAAUGGACUCAUCAGGGCAGGAUAAGUAACAUGCAUAAAACAAGAAAUGGCCCAGAUAUUGUCAUGCUAUUUCUAUACUUCUUGGUCUGGAAGAGAAGUAAUAAAUUCCAGAAUAUAAGAAAGGUGGUUAUUACCCUUAUUUGACCCAGUGCAAGAAAUAAAGAAAGCAUCACGAGGAAGCCAGUUCCGUGAAAGAAGUUAACCCAACCUGGCAGAUUCAAGAAAAUGAGAUGAGAUUUUAAAAAGACUUUAAA